UACAAGUGUUCAUUGUUAGUCCAUAGCUUGGGUAUAUCGAAUAAUAUAGUAUUUAUUUAUUACAAUUGUACUUAUAUAACACUUUGUAAAAGUUGAGGCAAGCCAGCUAAAGACUGAAUUGUUCACAUUUGAGACAUUCAAAAUAUUCCGCUUCUCCUGAGAUCUCACUGGGAUCUAAAGCAGGGUACUACUUGUUCUUCUUGUACACCAAGAACAUUGACGCAAAGAAAGAGCGAAAGCAUGGGAAACAAGAAAGAAAGACACAAAAAAGCCAUUUUCCCACACAGAGGACAACACGGACAUUAGUUCAAACCGUUCUAGUCUGCAAAAGUAAUGAAAGCAUGAAGGCCGUAAUUACAUCUUACAUCAUUUCCUCUAUAUUAUACACUGGUCAUGCCAUUGACCCUCCACCACCCCUUUUCUUCAGCACUCCCAUGUACUUCUCAGAUGAACUAACAGUGGUGGACAGAAGAUGCAGUUGUAGACUGUGACGAGUGGGGCGGGGCUGAGAGCCGUGGGAACAGAGCGAGGCUGGUGUAGUUAAUAAUAAUGCACGACACCUGUGCCACUCGAGUCCCACAGAGGAUCUCUGGAGGGAUAAUAGGAGGAGUGACGACAGGGUAAGAUGAGAGAGGACCAGACCUGGAUUUAUUUUGUGUGUGGCAGUCAUCCAAGAGGGGCUGCGGCUUUACUUUCAUUUUGUGUUGGUUUAUUUUUUUCAACUUUUUAAAUGUUCACCGGUUCCUGCCUCCUUCUUCCCAUACAACCUACUAUGUUACAUUGGUGCCGAAACCCAGAAGGAAGGAGGGACACACUGCCAAAGAUCCCUCGCUGCUGUGGUGAAUCCGUGUUGCCAUCAAGCAGUCUGCUGCCCUGGAGGCUUGAGGCGGUGGGCUAGAGUGAAUUGCCGGGGGUUAGACAAACUUGCAGUCAGCCACCUGUGAUGUGGAGGGACGGCUGUCUGUCCUUACAUACGUCUGUCUGUCCUUACCCCAGGUACGGUGCGGCCGCAGUGAUCGGCUCCCCUGGAGGGGUAUGGGGGUAUGUGAUGAGUGGGGCAGGGCCGAGAGCCGUGGGAACAGAGUGAUGCCGGAGGAGUUAAUGAUAAUGUGCGACACCUUGGCCACUCAUCAGUCUCGGGUCCCACAGAGGAACUCCAGAAGGACUAAAGGAGGGGUGACUAUAGUGUAAGAUGAGAGAGGACCAGGCCUGGACUUUAUUUUUGUGCUUUGUGUGCGUCAGUCGUCCACAAGGGUUUAUUUUAUUAAAUUGCUUUGCCAUCGUUUGCCAGUUCCCGCCUCCUUUCUUCCCACACUACGAGAUGUGUUACAUAGACAUUCACAAAUGACUUUUCACACAUAUUCACCACCCCUGCUCCCUAUUUGUUUAGUGAAUUGUGGUCACUGGAGGGUCAGAUGGAAUAGGCAGAGCAUAUGCUGAAGAGCUAUCAAAACUAGGUAUGAACGUGGUCAUCAUCAGCAGAAACCAAGAGAAGCUUGACAGAGCAGCAAGGAAGAUCGAGCUCACUACAGGACGGGAAGUCAAAGUAAUAACUGCUGACUUCACCAAAGAUGAUAGAUACGGGUACAUUCGAGAAAACAUUGAGGGUCUGGAAAUUGGUAUUUUAGUGAACAAUGUCGGGAUUCUGCCCAGCCAAAUACCCUGCAAGCUACUUGAAACACCUGACCUGGAAGAAAGAAUACAUGAUGUUAUCAACUGCAAUGUGAAAGCGAUGGUUAAGAUGUGCAGAAUUGUGCUACCAGGAAUGCAGCAAAGAGGAAGAGGAGUCAUUCUGAAUGUGUCCUCUGGCAUAGCCAAAAUACCCUGCCCCAUUUACACCCUUUAUGCAGCAUCCAAGGUUUUUGUUGAGAGAUUUUCACUGGGUCUUCAAGCAGAAUAUAAAUCAAAGGGAAUUAUUAUACAGGUUGUGGCUCCAUUUGGGGUUUCCACACAAAUGACAGGACACCAGAAGCCAGAUAUGGUCACAUUCACACCUGAAGAGUUUGUGAGGAGCUCACUGAAGUAUCUGAAGUCUGGUGACCAAACAUACGGCAGUGUCACUCACACUAUACUGGGCGGGAUUGUGCAGUCCAUUCCCACCUGGGUCCUGCGGAGCGAAGCAUUUCAGCAUCAUUUUAGGGAAUAUGUAAAGGAGAGGGUCGGAAGCUGAGAGCUGUCAUUCUUUAAGUAUAUGUACAGUAUUGAACAUUUGAUACUUAAGACAACAAAACGGUUGGGUUUGUUUACACUAAUUAUGACAAUACUUUGUUAAAAAUAUAAGACUGGGAAAGAAAUGGAGAGGAAGAAAAACUGACAUGUCUUUGUUUACCCACGGUCCUUCAAAAUACACUAUAUCUGUUGAUAAUAGAACAUAUUAUCAUUAUUAAUCAUAAUCAUAUCAGUAGACAGGAGAUAGUUGAGCUGUACUAACCUUGAUAACAUUAACAGAAGGUCGAUCUCAGAAAGGCCAAAUGACAGAGCAAGAGAUGUGGCCUUGUUAUUGUUUUCUAUAUUUUGAGAUUAGAAAAUGUUUGGUCUUAGUGCAUUUUAUAAAUAACAUUAAUAUCCACAAAACACAGAUAUUUGGCGCCACAUAGUGGUAAAUGCACUCUAAGGUGAUGGUCUUUAAAGCUUGUCAUUUUUUUUUUUUAUAUAAUGUCAUUAUCCACUUAUAUCGACGUUUAUGUGUCUAAUAACAGCAAAAAAUACUUUAUGAAAACCCUUAUUUGGACAGCACUACAAGAAUGUUCACACAUUAUUAAUAUUAAAAUUCAUAUGAAAACAUCUUACAAUAAAAAAAAAAAAAAAAAAACACUAGAUUCACUACUGUAAUUCAGGUAUAUCUCAUUUACCUUUAAAAAAUAAUUAAAAAAUAACUGCUAGUUUUCGUUUCUGAGGUCCAGCCAGCAGAGGGCAGAUUUGUGACUCCGCAGCAUUACAGAACCUGAAGCACAUCAGCUGUAGUGAUUGAAUCUCUCUCGAGUCGAGUUUCAAAUGUCUUGAAGAUGCUGAGCAGGUAAAGGAUACAAAGCAGUGCAGUCUGAUGGGGAUUUCCACCGCAGAUGUAGUUGUUAAUAAAGCUGUUCACCCUCGAGCAAGCUGUCCUGAUUGAAAUACAGUUGACAGGAUAACUAUCAGUUUUCACUUAUAUUAAAGGGCUUUCUGUUUUUACUACAGGGAAUUUCCACUGAUAAUUUAUAAUGCUACUUCUUGUAAUAGAAAAGACAUUUAUGUGGAAUAAAAGUGAGGAAAUAAUUAAAAUAAUCACACUUUAUUUUCCUCGCUAACUUGGUAAGCUAUGCUUUCUCUGAUUGCAGCAGUGAUGUCUGAAAAUCGAAUGUUUUUAAAAACAAGUGAUGGAUAAAUCAAGAUUUCAGAUCAUCUAAUCAAUCUGCAGGAAACCACCAAUUACCUCAAUACAAUUUCCUAUGGUUUAAAACAUUCUACAAACUACUUUUAUACCCUGUAUCUCGAAAAGUCAAACUUUACCUGUCCCAAAGUUUUGCUAGAUGACUGUUUUGUUUCUUGUUCACUAAAUUAAAAAGAUUGCUAUACAGCUAACUAAUCUAAUGUAUACAUUUUUGAUUGAAUGAAUAAAAUGAUACAAUGUGUUUAAUAA